AUGGAGAAGGAAUCCGCUUGCUGCUACAUCCCCCUGCAGGAUGUAGCAGCAGCAGAUGCACGGACGGAAUCAACAGCUGCCGCAGCAGCCGCAGCAGCAGCAGCAGCAGCAGCAACCGAAGCAGCAGCCGCGGCAACACAAGCAGCGGAAACAGCAGCAGCAGCAGCAGAAUCAGCAGCUUCCUCGUUUUGCGUUGACUCUGGUGGAGUUAACCUCUGCGCAAGUCUGGAGGCCCACAGCUAUGCCUGCAGCAGCAACAAGCCAUGCAGCAGCAGGAGCAGGAGCAGCAGCAGCAGCAGCAGCAGCAGCAGCAGCAGUCAUUUGCACUGUGUUGAGAGGCAGCGCAGCAGCAGCUGCAGCAGCAGCAGUCAUUUGCACUGUGUUGAGAGGCAGCGCAGCAGCAGCUGCAGCAGCCGCGGCAGCGGACAGAGGAGGAGCCAGCAGAGCAGCAGGAGAAGCAGCAGCAGCAGUGCAGCAGCAGGGCUGCCUUGGGGCUCUUUGCUGCUGCUGUGCGUAGCAGGUGUGGGGCCCCACCUAUUUCGACAUGCUCUUGCUGCUGCUGAGUUGCUGCUGCUGCAGCUGCAGCAGCUGCGCUACAGUCAAGCUGCACAUGGUUCAGAUUCAACCUGCAGCAACAACAACAGCAGCAGCAACAACAGCAACAACAACAGGGUUACUGCACCAGAAAUAGUCUUCAGCGACAUGAGCAGCAGCAGCACCAGCAGCAGCAGCAGCAGCAGCACCAGUAGCAGCAGCAGCAGCAUCAGUAGCAGCAACAGCAGCAACAACAACGGCCAAGGGAGCCCUCCUUCUGCUGCUUGCAGCAAUGCGAGCGUCAAGGCGCUCGAUCUUACCCCUUAUGACGGGAUAUCUUCAGCAGCAGCAGCAGCAGCAGCAACAGCAGCAGCAGCAGCAGGAGCAGCGAGCAAAGUGGAGAGCAGCUGCAGCCGCUCUUCUCUGUCGCUCCCAACGGAGGACAGCGCAGCCAUGCAGCUGCUGCUGCGCAAAUUUUCUUCGUUACAGAGCCGCAUGGAGAGUCUUGAGGCUCUGCAGCAGCAGCAAGAGCAGCAGCAGCAGCAGCAGCAACAGCAGCAACACCAACGAGACAGCCGCCAUCGUGGGAGAUUCCGCAGUGGUGAUUGUCGCAGCUUAGAGUAUCAUGCAGCAGCAGCAGAAGCAGCAGGAGAAGCAGCAGGAGAAGCAGCAGCAGAAGCAGCAGAGGGGGGCGGGGUAGAAGGACGUGCAGCAGCAGCAGGAGCAGCAGCAGGAGUUUGGCGGCUGGUGAUUGUCGCAGCUUAG